AUGACUUGUGGAUAUUCCUGUAACCUCUGUCAGUGGCUGCUUAAAGUACCGCCACACGAAGCCCUGAAAUCGACUGCAAAAGAGAAUGACGUCAAAAUGUUCCGGAAACUGCGUCAACCUCACCGGCCUCGCGGCUCCGAGCUGCCGAUUGGUCGUUCGAUGCGUGAUUAUUGGGUUUCUGCGCGCGUCGUAAUCUACGUUGAAAUUUGCCUAAUUGGAGCCUGCGAAGGGGUGAUCCACAACAUUGUUGCCCCCCCUUCACGAAACAGAAAUGGCUUCGGCUGCUUGAAAUUUAGCAGCAUCGUCGUCUUUCCUUCGUGGAGAGAAACUAGACGUCUUCACCAUCGAGUUAAACCCACGGCACAUCUGUCGAUUGGUCUACGCCAGCGCCUCGUCUGGGACACCACGCGGCAAGCAGCCUCAUUGGCUGAGAUGAGUGGACGGGUUGGUCUGGCAAGUGUGCCCCCUCUUCGUGGACGUGCGUGCGUGGGUACGUGUGCGUGCACUCCAGGCGGACGUCGUUCACCGCGUGACCCGUCUCCUGUGAUUUAUCGCCUCAUCCCCGCCCCGCAUGACUCAUCCCAAUCCCGGUCUCCCUGGCAGACCUCGUGUGUCUCCCUUGGGUCGACACGGGUCAACGUGAUUGGUCUAUUCUUGCCCUCCGCGACCUUGGGCGGGGAUUUUAAUUCGAAGGUCAUUCGGUGCGGUUGUCUUGGCGACCUUGAAACUGGCGGCUGCUUUGACGCAGUUUUCAGAAAGAUCUACACUCUGACCUCUCUUGCCACCUGUCCAGUUUUUUUCGCAAACACAAACGCCUCUCAUUGGUUGUCUGUGGCCAUGGACCUCUCCGGCAUCCAGAGCCCACAUCUCUCGUUCGACGACAUUACCGAAAACGUCGAAGCAACCUCGCCCGGUCCGCCAAGGUCAUCGGUUGCCACUGACGACGCUCACCAGCCUCCUCCCCUCCCUUCGAUCCCACAGGGCAGGGAGUUGAUUAUCCCGGUCAAUGGACCCCCCUGCUGCAUCCAAUCGAUUGAGGCUUUCAGUGAGAGCACCACUAAUGUGUUCUCCGAUUUCGCAAGACGACAGGCCGCCAAAAUCGACAAUGACGCGUUUGGUGGCAGCGUCGAGGUCAUUACCACGAGGAUCAGAGAGCGGAUCACGAUUGUGAUGGAACAGCAGGAGGCGCCCACCUCCAGACCAAGUCGAUCCAGCGCUAAUCGGGCGGAUGCUUUCGCCAUGGACAACAGGAAACGCGAGGCGACGUCGAGGUCGUCGGCGAGUUCGUCGACGUCCAGUUCUAGCGCCACGACGUCGACGACGACGAGUUCAAAGCGACCGUCCCUGAGCGAAGCUGUCACACCGCCAGACAGCGGUGUCGGGUCUUCUGCCAGGUCGCCGGAAAAUCUGCCACCCGCUUCAACAAGGAACCCGCCAUCUCUGAAGCCGCCAGGGUUUUUCGGACGGCUUCGGCUCUUCUCCUUGUCGAAUGCCUCAAGGUCACCCCAAACUCAGGCGUCAGCGAGCUCAAACGCAAAACUGCUUGGUGCUGUCUGGUUUCCCUCGGUGGCAUUGGUUGUUUCCGCUAUCGACGACUGUGACGUCAACUUGUGUGGUUGCACUGAAGACAAUUUGGUGAAAUCAACCAACCGAUUGAUAAACGUUGGCUUGGCGUCUGGUUAUGGCUUGAAUUUCAUUCGUCACGAACGCUUAGCUGUUGCCCCGCGUGAUUUGAAGAUCACCCCUUUUUUCGAUUCCUUUGGCUUCAACCAGGACCGUCCCAGGAGCAACGCCGACAACCCGCGAGCCGCUAGUUCUCUCUCAGUGCACGAGCCCCAACACUGCAGCCCAGACGAUCUUAACCCCCAUUUACUGCCAAAGUCUAGACACGCCGUCUCCUCGCGCCUCGAGUUCACUGGCAAAUCCAUCCUCUCGGGCAAGUACUCCAAGCUGAUGGACCUUCCGAAGCCGCGAACUCGCCGACUCAGUGGACAUUACCGUGGAGGUGAUGCUGGUCCCCCGUUGUCUCCCAACGAUGUUGAAUUUCAAGUGGGUCUCAUCGGUGCGGCCUGCGUGAGUGCAUGCGACCCCGCGGCGAUUGUAAGAUUUAUCGCCUCAUCGGUGGCGCACUUUUUGCAUCACAUGAUGACACCCGAUCGCGCUGGCACGCCAAUCGUAACCUUGGCAACACGCGCACCACCAGCCAGCCAGCCAGGGGAUCCCUGGCGGGAAAGCGUUGUGUGUCGUCGGCAUAUCCACAAAAAAAUUGGUGUCAAUGCCGUGACGACGCGUGGUGUUCGCGAGUGCGCGCGCGCGCCCAAUGAGCUCGGCGCCUGCACAGCGGCGCGCUGUGAUUGGCUCACGAGCCUCGAGGUGUGCACAUGCGCAGGCACGUGCAAAAUUCGGCGUCAUUUCGGUGCCGCUCGCAACUCCCCUCCUCACAACGCGACUGUUUCCAUGUCUCGCAGUGUCCGAUUCGCGUUGGAUGCCUUGGGCGCCUAUGCACCGGAUUUCGCACGCAGUUGUCCAGACAGGGACUCGAUGACGUGUCUGGGACUCAUGGGUGAGCUGAUGUCGGCGGUCGACAUUCUGUCUGCUCGCCAGAAUCAGUGGUGUUCGUCUGGCGACGCCAAGAACACAAUCCAGGUGCUCAAGGCCGCGCAAAGCUCCACUCUCCUGUUCGUGCGCAAGUCUGUCGAUGAGCCCGUUGAAUCCUUGGAGGCGAAGUUGAUUCCAUGGAUGGCGAUUUCCGUGCGAAUGGACACGUGUCCAGGUGUUGUAGAGGUCGAAUUCCAUUUCAACAUGUCUUUGACGGUGGAAGCAUCAUCAAGACAACGUCGUCGUGGGGAGCCACAGAGGAAGAGACGACGUCCCGCCAAGAUAACGUUCAGAAGUCGACGAGAUUCGAGGGUCGCAGCGGUGCCAUUCACCACCGCGAUAACUCAUGACCUCGUGUGGCGCCGAAUCACCCCCCUUGGUCCAAUGCAACAGCCAGCCAUGGAAACCAUCUGUUCUAAUUACUACGUAGACGGUCAGAUUCAAGCGAUUCGGAAUCACUGA